UAGGAGAGUGCUCCGUUGCUGGAGGGACAAUAACAAGAGGAGGGUUAUUAUGUGUGAGGCAACAGAAGUGACAAGUGCAGCACUCGGGCAGCUCAGUGUCGGCUCCUCUAGUGAAUAUUCUCUCUCUACUCACAGCCGGGACACUGGCACAAGUGUAACACAAGAAGCACAACUGCCCGUCACUGACACUUCCGCCCGCACUUCCCUCACUACAGGAGCCGGCAGGGGUCAGUCCUGGGAAUUCGACCAAUGAGCGAGCAGUUUCCCUUUAGAGGGAGUUCGAGCCGGAAUUAGAGAAGGAAGGAGAAUAGAGGCGGAUGUAGCAGGGCUCCGGCUAUAGUUAGUCACUGGCAAACACUUCCCAAUGCUCCUCAUUCCCAAACUCGACUCCUCAGUGUUGGGCAGGUGGGACGUAUUAUUGCCGCUCUGUUUCCGUCACGGCCGAGUCCCACAAGCAGCUCAGCCUCAAUACCCCGCGCUAUCCACAUUCCCGUCUGCAACAUAAUCACGAACGUGAGGAGAAACUACUGCCCGCCCACAGUUCUGACUCCACCCCCUAAAUACGUGUUUCCGGUAACAGAGACGUCUGAGGGGUGAGCCAAUACCCUGCGUGAGGGGCGGGGCUACAGCUUGAAGCAGGAAGUGAAGCUGAAGGUCUGAGCUUGGAGAUCAGAGGGACGGAGAGAGAUCAGAGAUAAGAUGUCCUCUCCCACCCCUCAACCCCAUAACCGCAGCCGAAAGGCGGACGAUGAAGAGGACCCCCUGGAGCACAUGAUUGGCCGGACAGGGUGCGCGUGGGCUCAUUACGCUGUACAGGAAUGCAUGGCGGAGCAGCAGGACUGGAGGAAAUGCCAGACACACGUGCAGAGCUUUAAGGACUGUAUGCAAGCCUAUCAGCAGCAGCGGGCAGCACAACUGCACAAACUGAGGCACAGCAGCAGCAGCAGCACAUGAACUCCUAAGUGCCCCGCUGUACUGCCCAACUGCACUGACUGACUGGCCAAUGAGACGCCUGCAUUUUAUACUGCUGUGUAAUAAUAAUUGUGUGUGUGCAAUAAACUUACCCUUUCCUACUCA